UGGCACUAGAAAAAAAUUGGAAGUACUCCUUUUGGCAAGCGAAUGGGGGUCAUUAAAGGGGGGACUAUCCACUAUGAACAGAAAAAUAGCUCUAUACCUGGCCAAACACCCAGAAGUGGCAGUCAGUUUCCUUGUUCCAAAAUGCAGCGAAGAGGGCAAGAGAAGGGCUGGUAACCAUAAUGUUACUGUCAUCGAAACACAGCGGCGGCCUGGUUACGAGCCAAUCGACUGCUUGAGUUUCCCACCGAGAGAUCUCGUUAUUGACAUAAUUAUUGGUCAUGGCGUAAGGCUUGGGAAACAAGCUCAGGUAAAUAGGGAAACCCAUCAGUGUACAUGGGUGCAAGUUGUGCACACUGCCCCAGAAGAGCUCGCGAUGUACAAAACCUACCCUGAUGCUAUAGCUAAAGGUGCAGAGAAACACUUGACUGAAGUUGCACUGUGUGAAAUGGCUGAUCUUGUAGUCGCAGUUGGUCCCAAACUAUGCGAAGUCUACUCGGCAUGCCUCAACUCGAGUGGAAAAACUGUCUUUAAUCUUACACCAGGAAUCUUUACUGAGUUUUCGGAUUUGAAGCAGUCCACACAGGGUGGUACUAAAUUUCGAGUUCUGGUCUUUGGCCGUGGUGACUCGGAAGAUUUCGAGCUCAAAGGAUUCGACAUUGCUGCUCAAGCUGUCGCUGCGCUGAGCGACAGAAGUUAUCAUGUCAUCUUUGUUGGUGCUCCCAGUGGAAGAGAAGGGCAAUUAACUGAGAAGUUACUUGAGCAAGGUCUUCAUCGAAGUCAGCUGACCGUGAGAAAAUACUUAGAAAAUCGUGAAAAUCUUGCCAAAUUGUUCUGUGAGGCGAAUCUUGCCAUUAUCCCAUCAAGAACAGAAGGAUUUGGUUUGACUGCCCUGGAAGCCUUAUCAGCCUGUCUGCCUUUCCUGGUCCGCCAAAACCCUAGAUUUGGGGAGGCCUUGGCUAAGGUGCCAAAUGGUUCAUCAUGUGUGGUGGACUCUGAGGAUCCACAGGAUUGGGCUAAGGCCAUCAAGAAUGUUCGGCUGAAAAAAAGCCAAAAUCGACUGGAGGAGUGCCAAGUAGUGCGAAGGCAUUAUGCUGAGAUGUACAGCUGGAAUAAACAGUGCAAUAAUCUCGUGGAACAGAUGAUUUCCAUAGUUCACGAUAGUCCAAGAACGAUGCAGGCCUUGGAAUGUCGCCCCAACUCCUUGACCGAGCAUACGAAAGACCAGACUUUGAUUCUUAAAACAUGCGUUUUGGAUGGAAAGGUGCGCCUUGAUCCCAACUUCGUGGAAUACUCUUAUCCAAACUGGACAGUGCCUCGGUACAUCAUUAGGAAUGUUGAGCGGGAGUACAAGCUGACUCAAUAUGGAGAUCUGUUCAUUACCUCGGACGAAAGCGGGAAGUUGAGGCACACAGUAGAUGUUCCUAUUCCAGCUGAAGAGAAAAUACCGAGUGGCCUUGUCGAUUGUGACCCCAAGGAAAGAGUUGUCUUCGCUGGAAUGGCUGCAAAUAGGUGGAAACGUCAAAAUAGUCGCUCCUUAAUCCCGGAAAGAUGGCGAGGAUUACUUGCUCCUAAUGAGACUUUAAUGCUCAAAACUUGUAUUUCCUCCACGAAGGUAUCUCUUGAUGCAAACGACAUUGAAUAUCGUCACCCGAACUGGACGAUACCGCGAUAUGUCAUUGAAAAUGUUGAACGGGAAAACCGUUACACUGAUCACGCAGAACUCUUCAUUAUCUCUGACGCGAACGGCCAGCUGCAACAUGUUGUAGAUCAUAUUGUAGGUGAGGUAGAGUGUUCGGCGCCUCCCUACGCAAGUUAA